CAAGAAUCUUCUCUAGCAAUUCGUGUUCGAAUAGGCGACCGCCAACUUGGUUCGCUGUUCUUCUCCAGUACGCAAGAAGUGAAGCCGGAAGAUGUGCAAGUGACUUUUGAUGAUGUUAGAGGAAUGGACGAAGCCAAACAGGAAGUUGAGGAGAUUGUUUCAUAUCUUCGUGAUCCGGAAAAGUACUCUCGACUAGGAGGUCGAUUACCCAAAGGAGUUCUCCUUGUUGGACCACCAGGAACAGGAAAAACCCUGCUCGCUAGAGCCAUAGCGGGAGAGGCACAGGUGCCAUUCUUCCAUACAUCUGGAUCGGAGUUCGACGAGGUGCUUGUAGGACAAGGAGCACGGCGGGUUCGAGAUCUGUUCGAUAAAGCGAAAGCGAGAGCUCCCUGCAUUAUCUUUAUUGAUGAGGUGGAUAGUGUUGGAUCAAAGCGAGUUUCAAACAGCAUCCAUCCAUAUGCUAAUCAGACCAUCAAUCAAUUGUUGAGUGAAAUGGAUGGAUUCAAUCGAAAUGAGGGCGUUAUAGUGAUUGCGGCUACAAACCGGGUAGAGGAUUUGGACAAGGCUCUGCUCCGUCCUGGUCGAUUUGAUGUGCGAGUCACAGUGCCGAAACCAGAUUUGGCAGGUCGAAUAGAUAUAUUCGACUUUUACUUACAAAGAAUUAUACAUUCUCCUAAUGUCGAUCCAAGAAUCUUGGCCAAAGGAUCUACAGGAUUUACUGGCGCUGAUAUUGAAAACAUGGUAAAUCAAGCUGCUUUAAAGGCUGCAAAAGAGUGCGCUCCAGAAGUAACGAUGAUGCAUCUGGAUGAGGCUAGGGACAGGAUUCUUAUGGGUCCAGCACGUACAGGUGGAAGAAUACCCGAUGAAGAAGCGAAUAGGAAUACUGCUUAUCAUGAAGCUGGUCAUACGUUGGUGACACUUUAUACAAAACAUGCUACUCCAUUGCAUAAGGUAACAAUAAUUCCCCGAGGACAGUCACUUGGCCACACGGCAAUGCUACCUGAAAAAGAUGAAUAUCAAAUGACGAAAGGACAACUUCUCGCAGCUCUUGAUGUAAUGAUGGGUGGACGAGUAGCGGAGGAGUUGAUUUUCGGGGAAGAUAUGGUUACCACGGGAGCUGCCGAUGAUUUGAAAAAGGCAACACAACUCGCU